UGGCCGAAGGACCGGCGGCUGCUGGCGGUCAAAGUUGACCGGAAUGCCGCGUUGUGCAUAGCAGAUCGCAGUGGCGGCUGCGUAAAGUCUUCGCUAAAGUUCACUUCCAAAGGCGCGCCAACGAUGGACAACCAAACGGUUCCCGUGGACUACUCUAACCACGAUGGCAAAAGUCGCAGCCCCCUUCAGGAAGUUUCGACGAACCAGCCGUUGCGAAAACGGCGAAGGAGCCUUUCCAAGUGUUCCAGCAUCAAAGAUGUGGCAGACAUGAACAUUGAAAAUAUUGACCUCGCCGGAGACAGUGAUGUCAGCUCGACGUCGCCGGACAAUUGGGAAAAGGACGGUCGCGUUCCUCCGGACAUUCUGAAGGACAUGGGCAUAGACUACCUCGACGAAUCUCCACCGUCUAGCAGUAUUUUAUUGGUGCAGCCAUCGCCACCACGGGCUUCACGAAGAUUUUCCAAGGGACAGAAACGUGAUGCACAGUCUGCAUUAGGUACGCCACAGAGGACACUGCCAGACACGUUCACACUUCACAAGCGAAGCAAGCAGGACGUUGCCACUGGAAAAGACCCAUUUUCGGACCUAUCCGAUGAGACCAUCCUAGAAAUAUUCAAGUGGCUUCCCAGGCCAACAUUGGCCCUUUGCGGUCGGGUCUGCCGCCGUUGGAUGGAGCUGGCGUUUGACGAAAGUCUCUGGCGGCGGCUUGACCUCAGCAAAAAGCACUUGGGACCCGGCGUGCUCGGAAACGUGCUCAAUCGUGGAGUUGUGAUCCUCAGGCUAGCUACAGCCGAUAUCAAAGCCCCCGUCUUCACGGACUUGCCUCUGCUGUCCUACCCGUCGGAUGAAAGCUUGUCCGUGUGCAAGGUUCAGUACCUGGACCUGAGCAUGGCUAGCAUCACCGAGGGCUCCCUGUGUGAGCUGCUGGCCAGCUGCUCCAAUCUCAAGAAGCUCAGCCUGGAGCAGUGCGCACUGAACGACCAGGUUUGCAGGUUGAUUGGUGCCAACCGCUCCUUGGAGUGCCUCAACAUGUGCAUGACACGGGGGUUCACACAUGCAGGCAUCACCGCCAUUUGCAGGGGUUGCCGGAGACUAACCUCCUGGAACCUUGCGUGGUCUAGGUUGUCCACAGCCUCCAUCGACUCAAUCGUGCUGACCGUGACACCCAGCCUACAGGAACUCAACUUGGCUGGUUGUCGCACUGAAAUGACCAAUGACCAUGUGACUGCGCUCGUAGAACGAUGCCCGCGUCUCGUGGAACUGGAUAUCAGCGACGCAUCGGAGGUAACCUCUGAAGCUUUGCGUGCCAUCGCAGACGGCCUCCCAGAGCUGCAACACUUGUGCCUCAGCCGCUGCUACGGCAUUAUGCCCGCCACCUUCCUCUUGCUGUCGAACAUGCCAUCACUACAGCAGCUCGAACUGUUUGGCGUGCUGAAUGACACCCACCUGCACGUAGUGCGCAGGAAGCUGCCGAACCUCGACAUCAACAAGCAACUCUUCUCGACCGUCGCACGCCCAACAACUGGCAUCCGCAGAACCAGCAUAUGGGGCCUCAAAGUCCGCGACUGACCGUCGCUCACGUUCAGGGCACUGGUUGACUGGUGGCAGACUUUGUAACACUGGCAGUAACAAGACCCAUGCAACUUUCAUGAGUUUUGCUCUUUGUGGGGCUAGUUGGUUCACGUCUGGAAUCUGUAAUCAUUAAGUUCGUGCCAAAACAGCGACCAAAGUGAACGCAAAGGAAUGCAUAGACAAGACGGGCGCUUUCUUUUUAGUCAUGUUUUUGGCGUGAGCUCAUCUAUUGUUUACCAAGUUUGUGUCACUGUUUGAAUGGUCACCGGUUUCAGCAUUUGUGCAGCACUUGUGACAGCGUCAACAGAAGCAAGUGCUACUGCUUCAAGCAGCUUUUGCAAAAGUGUGCUUUGAACAGUUUUAUGAUGUUUCUGUCUGCAUGCUUCUAAGAACUGAGCCUGACCAUUGCUUACCGU